CAUAACCAACAAAAACAAAUAUUUUGAUUCGUUUCGGAACAAAUUCCCAGAUUUGAUGUCAUCUUAGAUCAAGCAGAUUCAUCGUUCUUCGUGUGUAUACUCGAGGAGAGGAAAUCAAAGAGGAAACCCAGAAAAUUGAGAAUUGAGAGAUUGGAAAAUGUCGACAGAGAGACGAGCUUCGUCCAAUCCCAUGACCGAGGAAGAGAACGCUCUGUUCCUUGACAUAUUGCACGAAGCUCCAUUGUUUGGUCACCGAAAAUCUAGAAGUCUCGUUGGAAGCUACUUUUAUAUGGUUCUAUUGGCAGGUUAUGCUAUUUUAGCUGCAGGAGCUCCUUGGAUAUUCCGUCCUUUGCAGAAAUUGAUCCCUUCGUUGCUCUGCUGCUGUGAUGUUGCACUUUUGAUUGUCACAGGUGUCUUCCAACAAUACUUUGUUUCUCAAGUCCAGAAAAUACGUCUACAGGGUUAUUACAGCUUCAGCCAGAAGUUGAAACAUGUUGUUCGUCUGCCCUUUGCGAUCACUGCAUAUGGAACUGCUGCAAUGCUUCUUGUGAUAGUAUGGGAGGCCGAAAUCCGCUUUCUUUCUCUUACUACUUUGCAAAGGAUCAUUAUGUUGAUUGAAGCAAUAUGUGCUGGUUUCUUCAUGAGUAUAUAUGUUGGUUAUGUCCACCAAUACAACUCUGUUAACUCGCAGCCGGAUGUUUUGAAGUCAUUAUAUUCUCCACUUCAACCAUCAAGUUCUAUGGAAGGAUUGAGGUAUUAUGAAGGCCGGCUUUCAGAUCAGCAAAUGGCUUUGUUACAGUAUCAGCGUGAAAACCUUCAUUUUCUGAGCGAGGAGAUUCUCUCUUUGCAAGAGAAACUGAGCAAAUAUGAAGAAUCCAAUGAUGGGAGCACUCCUCAGGUCGAUCUUGCCCAUCUUUUAGCUGCUCGGGAUCAGGAGCUGAGAACGCUUUCAGCUGAGAUGAAUCAGCUCCAGUCCGAGCUCCGUCUAGCUCGUUCUUUGAUAGCUGAACGAGACACCGAAGGGCAGCGUCUCUGUAGUGCCAAUAACCAGUACAUCGAAGAGAACGAAAGGCUGAGGGCUAUUUUGAGCGAGUGGAGCAUGCGGGCAGCGAAUCUCGAGCGGGCAUUAGAGGUGGAACGAAUGUCAAGCUCUGAGUUGCAGAAGGAACUUGCAGCAACACGUAGAAACCAAAUGGGUAGUGAGUAACUUCAAGCUGCAGCUGGUGAAUAGAAUUAGUUACUCGUGGAAAGAUAGCUCGUGUCAUUACACUUUCCGAAACGUUUUCACCAUCAAUGUAAAUCCGCCAUAGACAUGCGCAUGCACGUUUCCUCGUCCUUGUUCUUCAGGCUUUUAGGCGUUUGUGUAAAGUCACGGAAUCUUUUGUGUUGCUGUAAGUGCAAGUUUCUUGAGUAAAAGCUUUGUCAUGGUUUCACGGUUUCA